GAUGCUGAACCUCUGCGGUGGAAGUGGAUUAUUUAAAUAUAGAAUUGAAUGGAUGGGCCGAGCAGUUCCUCUGCAGUUCCUUAUAGAGGCUGGAGAAAAGCUGUGUACCAGUUUACGCAACAAAAUCUCCCAGCCUGUAAACCUGUUUUAACACCGGCAUGGGUCAUUUCAACAUUUUUCAUCAUAGGAUUCAUCUUUAUUCCCAUGGGGCUUUUCUUCCUUCAUACUUCACAAAGUGUUGUUGAAAUUGUCGACGGGUAUGAUACCGAGUGUGUACCUGUACCAUUUAGAAACAGCAAAGUGGCAUAUAUCAAAGAUGACUCAGUUUCCAAAAAUUGUACCCGAUACUUGAAGGUUCCUAAGCACAUGAAGGCUCCAAUAUACGUUUAUUAUCAGCUUGAUAACUACUAUCAAAACCACAGAAGGUAUGUAAAAAGCAGAAGUGAUCAACAACUGUUACAUGGGCUGAAAUAUAACCAUACAGGCUCUUGCAAACCGGAGGACACAAAUAAUGGUCUACCAAUUGUCCCGUGUGGCCUGAUUGCGUGGAGCGUGUUUAAUGACACAUACGACUUAUUCCGUGGGGUUGAUGAACUAAAAGUCAACAGAAAGAACAUUGCAUGGAGGAGUGACCGUGAUCACAAAUUUGGGAAGCAUGUGUAUCCGUAUAACUUCCAGAAUGGGUCUUUAAUUGGUGGCGCGAAGUUAGAUCCUAGUAUUCCUCUGAGUGAUCAGGAAGAUCUUAUUGUAUGGAUGCGAACUGCUGCCCUCCCAAGCUUCCGAAAGUUAUAUGGAAGAGUUGAGGAAGACUUACAUGCAGGUGAUGUUAUAGUGGUGAAGCUUUUGAACAACUAUAAUACCUAUAGUUUUGGUGGGCGGAAGAAACUUGUUCUUUCAACAUCUAACUGGCUGGGAGGCCACAACAACUUCCUCGGAGUGGCCUAUAUUUAUGUGGGCUCUACAUUUAUCUUCAUUGCAUUUGUGUUCAUACUGCUUCAUAUGAGAACUCCAAGAACUUACGGAGAGACAAACAUAGCUUGGAACUGGAAGGGCGGUCCAAAUUGAAAGGUGAAGUUGCAGCAAUGCUGAUUCUGAAAAUUUGGCUUUACUUUCAAAAUAUUUGCGGCGGUGAACUGCAAGUAUUGAUGUGGAAAGGGGGUGAAGGAUAUAAUGCAUGGAAGCCACUACAGAUUUGAGAAGAGCCAUCCUCCCUCCAUCUGAUAUAUAUUUAUAACUCUCAACUAAUUAUUGUAUCCCCAUUUUUUCCACCAUGUAUGUUCAAAAUGAAUUGUUUUGUUUUUCACUGUGUAAAGGAAACUCUCAAACUCCAGGUAAGGUAAUUAAGAGUUAGUGCCUGGAAAAUGAAUGUAAUUACGCUGUGAAACAAUGGUCGGAGUAAAGGACCAGGGAGUGAUUUGUAACAUGAAAUCGCAGUAUAUUCCUAGCAAGAUGACUCCCAAAAGCCUAUAC